AUGCGGACGGAGGGGCUGAUGCGGGACCAGUUCACGUUCUCGUCCAUGCUCUGUGCGUGCGCGAGGCUGGCCGCUCUGGAGCACGGCCGGCGCGUGCACACCGUCAUGGUCGUCGGUGGCAACGUCUUCGCCAACAGCGCGCUCAUCGAUUUGUACCUCAAGUGCAGUAGCACCGAGGGUGCACGCCGGGCUUUCGCAGCCGCGUCAGAACGGAAUGUGACCGUGUGGACUGCGGUCAUAUCCGGGCAUGGCCAGCACGGGCACGUGGGCGAGGCGCUGGCGCUCUUCCACCAGAUGACGCGGGACGGUUUCUGGCCGAGCGACGUGACGUUCCUCGCCGUGCUCUCGGCCUGUGCGCACGGCGGACUUGUGAACGAGGGGCUGAGGCACUUCUCAUCCAUGCCGUUGGACUAUGCCCUCACCCCAAAGGGCAAGCACUGCGCGACGGUGGUUGACAUGCUUGCCCAGGUCGGCAGGCUCCAGGACGCCUACGAGCUCGUCAAGAACCUUCUGGGCUGCCAGGAGCACUCGGUGGUCUGGGGUGCACUACUGGGUGCCUGCAGAAAGCACGGCGAUGCGAGGCUGGUCGAGCUCGCCGCGCGACACUUCUUCCGGCUGCAGCCGGGGAACGCCGGUCAUGCAACUAGUGAUUUUGGAAAAAGAAUCAUGAGAAAAUCGAGUAGCAGUCUGCCGUCCUGGCCGAAACCGACGUGGCGGUCACGUGACGUGUUUAAGCCUCACCGAACCAUUUUUGGAUUAAAGUGA